UCUCUGCGAUGAGACCGACUAUACCGCAAGAGGUAUAAGAGCAGGGGGGCCGACGCGUGCGGGGUCGAGACAGAAAAUGGAUUGUCGAGCUUGACUUACCUUCCACCAGGUCAAUCACCUUCGCAUCAAUGCGACGCUGAUCACCAACUCUCACGAUGUCAGCCACGCCCCAGGUAUUCCAGCUCUCAGUGGCUUCGGCCUUCCAGCGCCUCAGCCCACAACAGAAGCUGUACGCGCAUUACAUGGCCAAACCAGCAUGGAGCGGCACACGCAUCAUUCUCCGCCAGGUCUCUCCCGAAGCCAACGGCAUCUUCGACCUCAUCGUGGGGCUCUAUCAAAGUUGCGACGGGGACUGGGAUGCGCUCGGUCGUCGCUCUCAUGUCGCCGAUGGCGACCUCGAACUAUUUCUCGAUUAUGCGGCGAAUUUCCUUUCCAACAUGGGGAACUAUUAUGGUUCCGGGGAUCAAAAAUUCGUGCCGGCGAUUCCUGCCGCCGAGCUAGCGCGGGUCGUGGCUGCAGCAGGCGCGUCGUCGGUAGCUGGGCUCUGGGAAUCAGUGCGGGGGGCAAUGUACCAAGCUCCACCGGUGACUCUGGGGCCUCCGGGCCCGCUGACGCAGAGCGCGUACUAUCCCGGCUGCGAGCCCGAGUCAUUUGAGGCAGACGCUGCGUCCGCUGCGAGCGUCAUGGAGGACCAAGCCAUCCUCCCUGAGAACACCCGACUGUACAAACAGCGGGCCUCGUCCGGGGAGGCGAGCCUGGAUAUUCUGCGAGCAUCACUGCAGGACAGCGAACCAGUUUGUCUCGUGGAGCGCGAUCCGGUGGAGAGUGGAGCGACGAUCCGCCUAGUGGGCGGGGAUCACAAGCACGAGCUGGCGCGUAUCGUUCACUUCCUGGACCAGGCCUUGGUCCAUGUAGCCAAUCCAUUGCAGGCAAAGAUGAUUCGACAGCUCCAGGACAGCUUCCGCACCGGCAAUCUCGACGCGUAUAAGGAUGCGCAGAGGACCUGGGUCGAGGACCGUGCCCCGUCGGUCGAGACCGUUCUCGGGUUCGUGGAACCCUACCGGGAUCCGCUGGGCGUCCGAGCGGAGUUCGAAGGUAUUGUCGGAAUCGCCGAUGCCGGGGAGACGCAGAGGCUGCGGCAGCUGGCGCAGCUGGGGGCCAGAAUCAUCCGCCGGUUGCCCUGGGUUCCGGGCGUGGCCGCCGACAAUGGACCCUUCGAGAAGGAAGUCUUCGAGGCGCCGGACUUCUCCAGUGUACAUAGUCUAGCGUAUGCUUCGAGUAUUGUCUUUCCGGGGAUCAACUUGCCCAAUUACAACGACAUUCGUCAGGAGUCCGGAUACAAGAAUAUCAUCUUCUCCAACCGCAUGGUGGCAGAAAGCCAGCGGGCAAGGGGCAUCCACAUGGUCGCUGAAGCGGAGCGGGACACGUUUCGGACCCAUCGCUUCCACGCUUAUUACGUGUGGGUCGUCCUCCACGAGAUUUUUGGCCAUGGUUCAGGGCGAUUCCUGAUGGAGACGGUGCCGGGCCGCUUCAACUUCGACCCCAAGAACCCACCGUCGCAUCCCGUGACGGGCGUUCCGAUUGCGACUUGGUACCGGCCCGGGCAGACUUGGACAGGCGUCUUCGGGAGUCUGUCAACCACGCUGGAUGAAUGCAGGGCGGAGCUGGUGGGGGCAUACCUCAUCGACGAUGAAGAUAUUUUGGCUGUAUUUGGGUAUACUCCGUCUGCACCGAUACAGCCCGAGGAUGUCGUGUACAAUUUAUACCUGCAGCUAGGUAUCGAUGGACUCCGCGGACUGGAGAACUACGAUCCAGACACAAAGAAAUGGGGCCAGGCACACAGCCGUGCUCACUACGCUAUCUUUCGCCACCUCCUCCGCGACACCCCCGCCCUCUACACCAUAGCCUGCGACCCAGAGCGCAAGUCCCUCACCAUCACUCUCGACCGCCCUCGGGUCCUCCAAGAAGGCAAACCGUCGCUGGGCCGCAUGCUGCUGAAUCUGCACAUCUUUCGCUGCACCGCCGAUAGCACCGGUUGCAAGGCAUACUACGAGGAUCUCACCCGCGUGGACGAAGAGGCGCUGCAGUGGCGGGCGAUUGUCCUCGCCAGACGGGAUCCGCCGCUUACGUUCGCGCAGGCCAAUACAUUCCUCGAGGGGGAGAUGGUCACGCUCCGUGAGUACGAUGCUACCGCGCGAGGAGUGGUUCGGAGCUGGGCUGAGCGGGAAGUGCAUUAAACGGAGGUGAUCUUCUGGCUCGUGGAUUCUGUCGAUCUUUCUGGUUGGAUGUAUUCUCGGAUUCAUGGUUCUGUAUUUUGUAAAGCAGAUAUUCGUCGAAACCAGGCGACCAAUCACCAACCAUCAUCCUCUGCCGCGUUACUCAGGGCGAAAUUGCGAUCGGAAACUUCCGUCGGUACUGGUAGUGACA